AUGUUUGUUGUAGUUCAGAAGCCUAGAGAGCAGAUCGCAGAUGCGGAGGCGCUUUUGGACUUAGCGGAUACCUUGUUUUCAUCGGUGAAAUCCCAAUCUGCUCUGCAUGGUGUUUCUCCAGCUGAGUUUGUUAAUGCCUUGAUAAGGGGUUUUGGGGAAACUUCUUUAGGGAUUGAUGCUGAUGAAAACACGCAAGUGUCGAUCAAGUGGAAGGAUAUUGGGUUUGUUGUCUGUUCUACGGUUAUUGUAUCAUGUGGCUGUUCAACAAUGAUGGGUUCUAUGGAUACUGAAUUGAAACAAAGGAAAAGAGCAGUGGGCAACAGGAAACGUAGAAAGGCCGGUGAAGGUGUUAAGCCAGAGGAGGUUGAUGAGACAGAGGCUGAAAAACAAACUGAUACAAACAAUAACAUGGCAAUAAUGUUUAACAUCUUGCGGAAAAACAAGCGUGUUAAGAUUGAGAAUUUGGUGUUCAACAGGAGAUCAUUUGCACAGACGGUAGAGAAUCUUUUCGCACUCUCCUUCUUGGUGAAAGAUGGACGAGUUGAGAUACUUGUCGAGAAAAAUGCUUCUCAUUUUGCCGUGCCAAAGAAUGCUCCUGUAGCAAAUCUGGUGAUGUCAGGGGAGGUUGUUUACAACCAUUUCGUAUUUCGAUAUGAUUACAAAGAUUGGAAGCCGAUGAACACAAUGGUUACAGUAAGAGAAGAGUUGAUACCACACAGGAAAACCAAAGUCUCACAAGAUUCUCAGACAACACGAAUGAGAAACCUGUCAAGGAACCAAGGUUUGGUGAUACAAAAAGAAACAGUUGUAGAAGAUUCUCCUGACAUCGAAGGCGAUAAUGAAGACGGUAAAAAUGCUUGA